GUUUGGGACUGCAUCCGGGGCGAGCAGAUGGUCAGUCGGGAGGAGAUCCGAAAACUGGAGAAGGAGAUCGUGCACGAGUACACGGUACCCAAGGAUGUUAAGCUCUCCGGCAGCCUUUCGAGUGACUCUGCGAUGGCCGGAUUUGCUUCGAUGCCAGUUCUGCACACGCCGCAGCGGACAGUCCGGCAGGACCCGAGCGAGGUCCUCUUCAGCGCAGAGAAGUCUGCAG